AUGACUUUUGAGCUAAAGCCAUUUGACCCACUCACAGUGGAUCCAACCAAUAAGAAGCGUGUCGCCUACUUCUACGAUUCUGAUGUUGGAAAUUAUGCUUAUGGAGCAGGUCAUCCUAUGAAACCACACCGUAUAAGAAUGGCGCAUUCACUGAUAAUGAAUUACGGACUUUAUAAAAAAAUGGAAAUCUACAGGGCGAAACCAGCAACCAAACAAGAAAUGUGCCAGUUUCACACUGAUGAAUAUAUAGAUUUCUUGGCUAGGGUCACUCCUGAUAACCUUGAUAUGUUUUCUAAGGAGCAAGUUAAAUUCAAUGUCGGUGAUGAUUGCCCUGUUUUUGAUGGCUUAUUUGAAUAUUGUAGCAUAUCAGGAGGUGGUUCUAUGGAGGGUGCUGCUAGACUAAACAGAGGUAAGUGUGAUAUUGCUAUCAAUUAUGCCGGUGGCCUGCAUCACGCCAAAAAGUCAGAGGCUUCAGGUUUCUGUUAUCUGAAUGACAUUGUGUUGGGGAUCAUUGAACUGUUGCGUUAUCACCCAAGAGUACUUUACGUUGAUAUCGAUGUGCAUCACGGUGAUGGUGUCGAAGAAGCAUUUUAUACUACGGACAGGGUAAUGACCUGUUCUUUUCACAAAUACGGAGAAUUCUUCCCGGGUACGGGAGAAUUACGUGAUAUUGGUGCCGGUAAGGGAAAGAAUUAUGCUGUGAACGUACCCCUGAGAGAUGGUAUUGAUGAUGCCACUUAUAGGUCUGUGUUUGAACCAGUAAUUAAAAAGAUUAUGGAGUGGUAUCAACCUUCUGCUGUUGUCUUGCAAUGCGGAGGUGAUUCUCUGAGUGGAGAUAGAUUAGGUUGUUUCAACCUGUCGAUGAAAGGUCACGCAAACUGUGUGAAUUAUGUCAAGUCUUUUAAUAUUCCCAUGAUGGUCGUUGGAGGUGGUGGUUACACUAUGAGAAAUGUUUCCAGAACGUGGACGUUUGAGUCAGGGCUUUUGAACAAUGUUCUGCUAGAAGCGGAAUUACCGUACAAUGACUAUUAUGAAUAUUACGGACCAGAUUAUCAGCUUGAUGUUCGUCCCUCAAAUAUGCACAAUGCUAACUCUCCCGAAUAUCUUUCUAAGAUCAUGUCCCAAAUUUUCAGUAACUUAGAAAAUACAAAGUUUGCACCAUCCGUUCAGCUUAACUAUGUACCUCCAGACAUGGAAGAGUAUGGAGAUGUCGAAGAAGAUACCGAAAAAGCCAAAGACACCAAGGGAGGUUCUCAAUAUGCUAGAGACAACAUUAUUGUCGGAGACAACGAAUUCUAUGACACAGACGACUUGAAUAAGGAAAAGGACGUGGCCCACUACAAAAAAUCUAUCAUUCCAAAGGACUACUAUGAAAAAGAAGGAGCAAAGAUGGCAGAAGAACUUGAGAACGAACUGAAAAAAGAAGAUUAA